AUGGUUAUGGUACCUGGAGGGGCGUCGUCCAUGGUUACAGUCCAUCAUUAUCCAUCGAUCCGGUCCGGGCGCGCGGGAAGGAAAAGGAAAACCAUGAAUGCUCGUCAGUGGUAUAGUCUUCCAUCCCUCGCGACGGUUAUCUUCUGUCACAAGGUGUAUCCUGCGAGGCUUGUCUUGUACCACGCAAUGGCCUGUCAGCCUAUCUCGCCUUCAUCUGCACCCGAUGUCUGCUGCACGGCUCAGCCAACAAUUCGCGCCCGCUGUCCAUGCAAUGAUUGUCCCGGCAUUAGUUUGCAUGGUGCUGCUUCACUUUCGCGAUCCCGCGCAUCCAAUGGGACGCUCUCAAUAGCCUUGGAUCAAGGGGCGCUGGUGCGCCAGCUCUUCGUCAAGGCUCGCAAGUGCAGGAUUGAUGCAAAACGCCGAGCGAGUCGGUUGAUGCGGCCCCGACAUUUACCCAUAGCCGAAAUGGCAAUAAGCAGGGGGCUUCCUGUGAGGCCCAUGCCUGUGAGACUCGCUGACCACAAUGUCCUAUGGUACGUACCUUGCUGGCUCACAUCAUCCGCCAAUGCAGGCUUUCAUGUGGGGUGUGGAGGUCCCAAGUGCCUCGUGGUAGAGGUUACCUACGCGUUCAAUGUUAGUGUUGCAUUUGGCGGCUACCUAGCCUUCUUGAGAAUCGGUCGUUACCCACCGCCCCCAUCACAAAUCGGUGGCUACGGCUGA